AGUUCCUUAUGUUUAUGUAUAUAUACAUAUACUUUAUGUAUACGUAUACGAAGUUGCAAAAACUGCGCUAUGGAUGUAAGUAAAGGCGAAAACAUAGAGUAAUACCAACAAAACAAAGAAGCAAUAACCGGUUUUAUGACGUUUCGCGCUACAAUUGAAAGUUUUUAUUUAAAAAAUGUCAACCGAAAAUAUAAAGGCCGGAGCUGCUGCUCCAAAAAAAUCUUUUGGUCAAAAAUGUAAUGAUGGCUGUCAAAGUUUUGGAAAGUUCAUGUGGAAUAGUCAAACUCGUGAGUUCAUGGGUAGAACUGGUAUCAAUUGGGCUAAAAUUGGAUUGUUUUAUUUAAUUUUCUAUGGAUUUUUGGCUGGUUUUUUUGCUGCUAUGCUAGCUAUUUUUAUAACUACAUUAAAUCCAGUGGACGGUGAAGGGGGACCUACUCUUACACAGUUUAUUAAAAAUCAACCAGGCUUAACCAGACUUGACACUGGUUCUAAUAGUCUACGAUCUUAUAAUGUUAAUGAUACUACUUAUCUAGAAGCAUAUAGUAAAUUCAUGAACAGUUUUCUUGCUGGAUAUGAUAAUAUCACCACUGAAGAUUGUUCAAUUACAGAGCGUAAACCAAUUCCAGCUGGUCAACCACCUUGCCGUUACCCGUACCGAAAUCUUUUAAAAGGUUGUCUUAAUGAUUCUUUUGGGUUGGCUGUAGGAAAGCCUUGUGUUUUUGUGCGUAUGAACAAGGUAUUCAAUUGGGUUCCUCAACCUAUUGGGAAUUCUUUAUAUCUAAAUCUUACUUGUUCGAAUAAUGUUAAAGUUUUUCCACCCGGUUUUUUGAUAAGUGCUUUUCCAUUUCGUGGUCAGAAAGGAUACAUUCCUCCUAUCGUUGGUGUACAGCUAGAUGGUACCGAUACAUCUACUACAUGUUAUAUUAAUGGUGUUGGUACAUCAGUAUCUAAGUCUACUGCCCCAGAGCAAGCAUACGGAAAAAUUCUAAUAGGCGGUGUUACUGCUAAAAGUACUUAAUGUAAUCUUCUAUCAGUAUACAUUAAUCGACACUUUUUUGAAACAUUUGUACGCAUUUAUUCGUUCGAAAUCUGACGCUUUUAA